AUGGCAGCCACCAACUUCGUGCAGGAGAUGCGCUCUGUGGGCGAGAGGCUGCUGCUCAAGCUACAGAGGCUGCCCCAGGCCGACCCUGUGGAGAUCGUGGCCUUCUCGGUCAUCCUCCUUUUCACAGCCACCGUUCUGAUGCUGCUGCUGAUAGCCUGCAGCUGCUGCUGCACUCACUGCUGCUGCCCCGAGCGGAGGGGCAGGAAGGUCCAAGUGCAGCCCAUGUCCCCAGCAUGA